CAAGGGGCGGGCGCCGGGCAGUGCCCUGAGGGAGGCGGAUGGUUGGGCUGGGUUUCCAGCCCCUCUACGCCCUCCGGGUUGACAGGGGGAGGAGCCGGCUACGAGGGCGAGGGUCUCACGGGAGCCCUGGGCCGGCGAGCCAGGCCGGGAGUCUAGCGCAGGGUCACCAGUAUCGACAUGUUGCUAGAGGAGGUCCGCGUUGGCGACCGACUGAGUGGGGCCGCGGCCCGGGGCGACGUGCAGGAGGUGCGCCGCCUUCUGCACCGCGAGCUGGUGCACCCCGACGCCCUGAAUCGCUUCGGCAAAACGGCUCUGCAGGUCAUGAUGUUUGGCAGUCCCACCAUUGCUCUGGAACUUCUGAAGCAAGGUGCUAGCCCCAAUGUUCAGGAUGCCUCUGGUACCAGUCCAGUCCAUGAUGCAGCCCGCACUGGAUUCCUGGACACCCUGAAAGUCCUCGUGGAACAUGGUGCUGAUGUCAACGCGCCUGAUAGCACUGGAGCGCUUCCUAUCCACCUGGCUGUGCAGGAGGGCCACAGUGCUGUGGUCAGUUUCCUGGCUCCUGAGUCUGAUCUCCAUCACAGGGACGCCAGGGGGCUUACACCCUUGGAGCUGGCACGGCAGAGAGGGUCUCAGGACCUCGUGGACAUCCUUCAGGGGUGCACAGUGAUCCCACUGUGAGCCAGGGCCACUCUCUCCAGCAACAGAACCCACUAAGUUAUGUCAGAAGGGGAGGGAAGAAACACUUUCUCUCCUCACUCCUCUUGCCCUUUACAGAAGGGGGAGGAGGACCAGUUUGUGGCUUAUUGGUGUUGAUUUUUUGGGGGGGAGUGUUUGGGGGACAUUUCUCAUUUGUUUUUCUCACCCCUUUUGGUGUGUUGGACAGAGAAGGGCUCCUAUAGGCAACAGCCACCAAAACGGUUCAUUUUGUCUGCAUCCUGGGCUGCUGGGGCUGCAGACUAGACCCAAGGGCAAAGCGUUUAAAGCCCCAGCCCCAGAGUGAGGUCAUCACCUCCAAGGCUCCUGGAACCUGGUGACCUUGGCCGGCUGUGCUCAGAGAGAUCCCUGAAGUGUGCGCUGUUUGGGGCAUGGGGGUAGGGAGGGAAGUGUUUUAAAUCAAUAAAAGGGUAGCAUGAGUUCAUAUUUUGUUGGAAGCUUGUUUUCCAGUCUCUUGUACAGCGUUUAAAAAAAGAGAUUCUAUUUAUUAAGCUUUAUGGAAAAAUUUGUGUGUGAUAAUUUAAUGUUUCUAAUCCAUUAAAUUAAAACUUGUGCAUGAUCA